AUGGCAAACGAUGCACCACGCACACCCACCAGCUCAAAUGUUGGUCGGGUACCUGCCGUACAACAGCAACAGCCACAGUCUUCAACGGAAGAGCUAAGAGGCAUGGUCGAGCAACUCCAGGAACAUAUCCAACGACUGGAAGAACGACUUGCAGCCAAGUCUGUCAAAGUCAGACCACCUGAACCGUUCAAUAGGAAUAGGUCCAAGCUACAAGCGUUCCUCAUACAGUUGGACAUGUAUAUCCAUAUGAACAGGGAGAGACUCACCACCGAGGCAGAGAGGGUUUUGCUCACAGCAACCUAUCUGACCGGACCAGCGUUUGAUUGGUUCGAACCUUUCAUCAGGGACUACCAAGAACACAAAGAGGAUAAUCAAGCCAAUGAGACCGACGAAAUAUUCGCCAGCUAUGACGCUUUUAAGGAACGAUUGGAAAGCACUUUCGGCGACAUCAAUAAAGAAAGAAAUGCCAAACAACAGUUAUGGCGACUCAAGCAAACAGGAUCUGUAGGGGAAUAUGCGUCAAAAUUCCAACAGAUCAUAUCCCACCUAAAUUAG